AUGGAGAUUCUUCACUUUCCUCUUCACUUCAUCUUCAUCACCUUGCUUACAACAGCAGUAGGGCUUAGCAGAUCUGCUGACACGAUAACUCUGUCUCAGCCGAUGAGAGAUAACGAGACUCUAGUUUCGGCAGGAGCAAAGUUCGAGCUCGGAUUCUUCAGCGCAGGAAAUUCAUCUAACCGACAUGUUGGGAUAUGGUUCUACAACAUCCCGGUCAAGACCGUCAUCUGGGUUGCGAAUAGGGACGAUCCAGUCAAUGGCUCAUCAGGAGUCCUACAGAUUGCGACAGGAGGGAAUCUAGUGAUCGUUGACGGAACAGGAAGAGCCGUUUGGUCCACGAACACAAAGAAUAUGGCCUCUAAUUCUGUGGCUGCGCAUCUCCUGGACUCCGGGAAUCUGGUCCUCACAGAUGAAAGCAACAACAGUUUGGGGAAUUUCCUGUGGCAGAGUUUUGACCAUCCUUUCGAUACGUUACUCGCAGGGAUGAAGCUAGGGUGGGACCUGAGGAUCGGUUUGAAUCGGUACCUCACUUCUUGGAGGGAUUCGGAUGAUCCUUCAACAGGAGACAUCACAUACAAAGUCGAAUGCCAGGGACUGCCCCAGAAGUUCCUCCGCAGGAAUGCUUCGGUAAUUGAACGAAGCGGGCCAUGGGAUGGUAUCCAGUUUAGCGGACUGCCCCUGAGCCCAAAUGCAAUCAUCAACCCCGAGUUCGUGACAAUCGCUCAAGAAGUGUACUAUUCCUAUCAACUCAUCAACGAUUCCACCAUCACGAGGGCCGUGCUCAACCACUCUGGCACACUUCAACGCUGGCUUUGGAACAAUAAUACGCAGUGGACAGUGAUACAUGAGUUGCCAAAUGAUUCCUGCGAUGAGUAUGCAAAAUGUGGGCCUAACGCUGUGUGCAGGAUUGGUGAUGCCCCGAUAUGCAGCUGCCUGACUGGGUACACUCCGAAAUCGCCCCAGGAAUGGGCGAUGUUUGUUUGGUCCAGCGGGUGCGUUAAGAAGAAGCCCUUGAAUUGUCCUAAAGAGGAAGGUUUUGUGAAGCUGAAGGGUGUGAAGGUUCCUGAUAUGUUGAGUUACUGGGUGAACACGAGCAUGAGCCUUGACGAAUGUAGAACCAAGUGCCUGAAAAAUUGUACUUGCACUGCAUAUACCAAUGCCGACAUUGUUGGGAAGGGUAGUGGGUGUCUGCUUUGGUAUGGAGAUCUUCUCGACAUCAGAAAGCUCAUUCAAUCAAGCCGCAGUCAGAAUGUUUUCAUCAGGGUCAUGGCGUCUGACUUAGGUCACCAUAAGUGGAAAUUGCGGUUGGUGGUGCCAGUAGUCACCGCAUCACUCUAUCUGGCAAUUCUUUUGCUACUCUGUCUCUGGAGGAGGAGAACCAAAAAACGUCUAGGGAAAACUUCAGAGGUACAGGCUGGGAGUGGAGACAACUUCGAGCUGCCUACACUAGACUUGGAAGACAUUACUAGAGCGACUAAUAGCUUUUCAUCUCUCAACAAAAUCGGAGAGGGCGGUUCUGGUUCUGUCUAUAAGGGUCUAACGUCUGAUGGAGUUCAAAUAGCUGUCAAGAGGCUGUUGCAGAACUCGAGACAGGGUUUUGAUGAAUUCAAGAAUGAAGUCUUGUUAAUUACGAGACUUCAACACCGAAAUCUUGUCAAGCUGUUGGGAUGCUGCAUUAACGGAGAGGAAAAGGUGUUAGUAUAUGAAUAUAUGCCAAAUGGAAGCCUCAACUCCUUAAUAUUUGGUCCAAUUGAUAGUAAUUCUCUUGUGUGGAGGCAGCGGUUCAAUAUCAUUGUGGGUGUUGCAAGGGGACUUCUGUAUUUACAUCGCGACUCAAGAUUAAGUAUAAUUCAUCGGGAUCUAAAAGCUAGUAACGUGUUGCUGGAUGGUGAGAUGAAUCCAAAGAUAUCAGAUUUUGGCAUGGCUAGGGCUUGCAGAGGAGAUCAACUCCUGGAAAAGACUGAACGUGUAGUGGGAACUUAUGGAUACAUGUCUCCAGAGUAUGCAAUAGAUGGAAUUUUCUCAAUUAAAUCAGAUGUUUUUAGCUUUGGAAUCCUAGUUCUGGAAAUAAUUAGCGGCAGGAGGAACAGAGAAUUUCAUCAGCAUGACCACAAUUUUAACCUUCUUGGACAUGCCUGGAAAUUAUGGCUUCAAGGGAAGGCCACCGAAAUCAUAGACAAACAAAUGGAGGAUUCAUUUCCAAUGUUGGAAGUUACUAGGUGCAUCCAGAUAGGCCUCUUGUGCGUUCAGCAAAGUCCGGAACAAAGGCCGACCAUCUCAUCUGUGCUUCUGAUGUUGGAGAGCGAAAGUACCACGUUGCCACAGCCCAAGCAACCGGGAUUUUACACGGAGAGGUUCAAUGAUUAAAUAGACAGCGGAUCAAACGAGUUAACUUUUACCAUAGUCGAGCGUCGGUGAAGAUCCACGAGAAUUCAUGAACACAAAGUUAGAAACACGUAGUAGUCAAGGUAUCAGCAGUCACAUUUGUCGAUGGAAACUCUAGUACAUGGUAUUGUCGGCAUGAAAAUAUGAAAAGAAUCUCUGCCUUCUUUGACAAAGUGUACUUCCUCUUGAGAAUGCACCUGGUGUAUAUUUCUCUUUCCCUAUAUGUAAGGA